AUGGCGCCACCACCAAUCACUGCCAGAUAUGACUGGAUCCUCGCUAUCACAACCAUUGCCUUCAUCUUCAGCGCAUUUGGCAAUGGAGCCAACGAUGUCGCCAAUUCGUACGCUACCUCCGUCGCUGCCCACACCCUGACGAUGCCUCAAGUCGGUGUUCUGGCAACCAUAACUGAAUUUGUGGGAGCUGUUGGUCUCGGUGCUCGUGUCACUUCAACCAUCAAGAACAGCAUCAUCUCCAUCGAUCGCUUCGAGGGCAAUCCUGGAGCUCUUAUGCUUGCUAUGGGCUGUGCAGAGGUCGGAAGCGCUACAUGGCUGAUGGUUGCAACUAGUCUCGGCAUGCCAGUUUCGACCACGCAAACAGUUGUUGGAGCUCUUGUUGGUGUCGGCUUCGCUAGCAGCAGUUCUAUCAAAUGGGCCUGGACUUCUGGAAGUGUAUCGCAAGUGGCAGCAAGCUGGGCCAUUGCACCAUUGAUCGCGGCUGGCUUCAGCGCCAUCAUUUUCGCAUCAGUCAAAUAUACUGUUCUUCAACGCACCGAGUCUUUCACGUGGGCGAUGCGUUUGAUACCCUACUAUUUGGCUCUGACUGCUGCAAUCUUGGCACUCUUUAUUGUCAUUGAGACUCCAACUGCUCCGUCACUUGAAGAAUUCGGUGCUGGGAAAGCAGUAGGCAUCAUUCUGGGCGUUUUCUUUGGAGUUCUCGCUAUUGCUUAUGUUUUCUUUUUACCUUACUUCAAGAGACGAUUGGUCAUGAAGGAUGCUCGUGUCAAGGCAUGGCAUAUCCCGCUCGGUCCACUCUUGUUGAAAGAUAACCCACCACUGUACUUCCCAGGCAACGCUGAUGGUGGAUACAUCGAAGAGUACCAGACAGCAGGAAAAUUCUUCAACGACACACCCGAAACCAGUCCAGAGAUCAAAGGAAACAGCCCUCAAUCUUCACCGCAGCAAGAUCGAGAAAAGGCCUCACCAAUACUCGGAGAUUCUUCUUCUGCUGAGAGAGGCCUGCAACAGAGUCAACCUGACAUACGUAAACGACACAUAGGCCCACACGAACGGUUCCUGGAUACUCAUAAACAUCUCUCCAUCACCCACCCUCAACGCUUGUGGGGAUACGUCAAGUUUGGCCUUCUUCAAGGCGUCACCCGCGAUGUAACCACCCACGAUAGCGUUGCCAUGCGCGCCAUACACGCGCGAGCAAAUAGAUACGAUCCCAGAGUUGAACAUCUGUGGACGUACUGCCAGGUGGCUUCAGCCAUGAUGAUGAGUAUCGCGCAUGGUUCGAACGAUGUAGCCAAUGCUGUUGGUCCUUGGGCUGCUGUGUACCAGACCUAUCAAGAAGGCGAAGUGGCGACUGAAUCGCCCACGCCUGUGUGGUUUUUGGUUGUUGCUGGGUUUCUCUUGGGUGCAGGCUUCUGGUGCUAUGGGUACAAAAUCAUGCGUGCCAUGGGCAACAAAAUCACUCAAAUGUCGCCGAGUCGUGGUUUUGCUGUUGAACUCGGUGCAGCGGUCACAGUAAUGCUGGCUUCAAGAUUAGGUCUGCCGGUAUCGACUACUCAGUGUCUGACCGGAGCAGUCAUGGGAGUUGCGCUCAUGAACUAUGACUUGAAGGCAGUGAACUGGAAGCAAUUGUGCUUUAUCUUUAUGGGGUGGGUGUUAACGUUGCCAUGUGCUGGUCUUGUUGCUGGGCUUUUGUGUUUGAUGGCUUUGAAUACUCCUCAUUUCUAG